CGGGGCCUCGCCGGCCUCCGCGGUUCCCUCCCGGACCCGGGUCCUUGCGGCCUCCCUCCCGGAGGAGGUCCUCGGCGGAGCUCCGCAGGCAGCACCGGGAAGGAGUGGGUGUUGGCGUGGCUGCGUCCUCUCGGCAAGAGGAGCUCCCACCCACGCUCGCCCCGGUAGCGAACGUACGCAGCGGCCCGAGGCUGCCUGGGGUGAUUUCUCUCAAAGGUGGAGAUCCUUCUAUUAGAGGCUCAUGCUCACAGCUCUUAGGUCAAGCCCUCUGCUGUGUUGGUGUGCCCAAGUCCAGAGUGUUCCUGGUUUGGUUUCUUCAACUUCCACUGUGUUUCACAGAUUAGGGAGGGACCUCAGGGUCCAGCCAGUUGUAUACAGACUUCAAUGAAUCCUCCUUCCACUUCCAGAUGUCAUUCCAUGGAUUCCUAUGGGCAACCCAAACCAGAGGAUAACCAGUCAGUAGUCAGCAGAAUGCAAAAGAAAUACUGGAAAACUAAACAGGUCUUUAUCAAAGCAACAGGAAAAAAGGAGGAUGAGCACGUGGUGGCAUCUGAUGCUGAACUAGAUGCUAAACUUGAGGUUUUUCACUCCAUUCAAGAGACAUGCUCAGAACUCCUGAAGAUAGUUGAGAAAUAUCAGCUAAGACUCAAUGUUAUAUCAGAGGAAGAAGAUGAACUAGGCCUCUUUUUAAAGUGUCAAGCAGAACGAGAUACAACGCAAGCUGGCAGAAUGAUGGACGCCACUGGCAAGGCACUCUGUUCCUCAGCCAAGCAAAGAUUGGCCCUGUAUACUCCCCUGUCUCGUCUUAAGCAAGAAGUAGCCACAUUUAGUCAAAGGGCAGUAUCCGAUACCUUGAUGACAAUUAAUCGGAUGGAGCACGCACGCACAGAAUACAGAGGAGCUCUGCUAUGGAUGAAAGAUGUAUCCCAAGAACUGGACCCCGACACCUUAAAACAGAUGGAAAAGUUCAGAAAAGUACAGAUCCAAGUGAGAAAUAGCAAAGCUUCUUUUGACAAGUUAAAGAUGGAUGUUUGUCAGAAAGUGGAUUUACUUGGAGCUAGUCGCUGCAAUAUGUUAUCUCAUUCACUCACUACCUACCAGAGAACACUGCUUGGAUUCUGGGAGAAGACAGCUCAAAUGAUGUCUGAAAUCCACGGAGCCUGUAUUGGCUUUCAUCCCUACGAUUUUGUAGCUCUCAAGAACCUCCAAGACACUUCAAGCAAGCUUACUGAAGACCACAAAAAAGACCAGAGAGAAAAUAAUUCUCUCAUUGAAGACUUCAAUAAGUUAAUUUUGUCAGGUGAGGAAGUGAGCUUGAGAAGUGAAUCAGCAACUGAAUAUCACAAGGAAAAAGAUUUUCAAAUAAAAGAAUUUGGAGCACCUCAGUUUUCUAACUCUGAAAAAAAUGUUGCAAAAGAUUUACCUGUAGAUUCAUUGGAAGAUGAUUUUGAGAAGGAAUUCUCAUUUCUGAACAACCUCCUAAGUUCUACAAGUACUAGUGAAUUUACCCAAGAAUGCCAGACUGCGUUUGGGAGCCCCAGUGCCAGUCUCACGUCCCAGGAGCCUUCUGUGGGGUCUGAGCCUCUUGCUCAUUCUGCACAAUUCCUCCCUUCACAUCUCUUUGACCUUGGCCUGCAUGCUGCUGGAGCUAUCAACAGCUUGACCUCCAAAGGGGGCUUGGAGCCUCCUCUUUCACACGUUGAUAACCAGCCAGUGCCUUCACAGAGUCCAAAGAAAUUAACGAAAUCUCCCAACAAUGGUAACCAAGGUAUGUCAGCCUGGUUCAAUCUAUUUGCAGACUUGGAUCCACUUUCAAACCCAGAUGCUAUUGGACACCCAGAUGAUGAACUUCUUAAUGCUUGACUGAAAUUAUGAUGUCACUUUAAUGGUCUUGAGACAUCGAUUUUGCAACAUACUGCCUUUGUGGAAAGUUUAUAUUGUAAUUCAUACACAAAAGCAUGGUGUUUGUGAAUAUAACACUUGUCAGCCAACCUUAGACAGAUGGUAAGGACUACCUUUGAAUAGAUUGUCUUUUUAAUAUCUUAGAUUUGCGGCUGUUGAUAAUAUGUGGAAAGUAUUAGAAACUAUUGAGUCUGAAAUAGAUACAAUUUAUUUUGAAAUAACAGCUAGGAAUAAUUGUCAAUAAGGAGUUGGGUUUAUUUCUUUGGAAAGCCUUUCAUGUAUAAGUUUCCUUGCUGGCUGUGAGAAUUUUCUAUGUGGGUAAAUGACAGAAUGUAAAUUGGGUUGUGAUUUGGGGUUGGUUUUUAAAUAAAACAGUGGCAAGAGGCAUUUUCUGUUGUGAAAACAGUACUAGAACCAGACCAGUUUUAUCUUUAGUUAGAAAGGUAGAAUAACAUUUGAGAACUCAAUUUGCUUUAAAGAAACCACAGAGAAACUUGGUGCUUAUUUUCUCCACUUGGAGGCUAAAAUGUACUAUUACUCAUUUUUUUCUUUCAUAGAAAAUCAUAGAUACCCCUUAAUUCCAUUAUCAAAUUUUCAUGGGGAAGUAGCAGGAUAAUUUAUUUGCAAAGUCCAUCCUCCAUAGAAACAGAAAAGUCUGUCUUCCCAUCUCAUAAACUACAAGAAUGUCCAGUAACAUUCAAGACAUUGUACAGGUGUUGUCAGGUCUGAUUUUUCAUAGAUACGGUAAUAUGCAGUAUUCAUAUUCUUCCUGAAAUGGAGGGGAGGACAAUAAACAAUUGACAAUAGUAUUCCUGAAAUUACCCAGAAACUGCUAUCUGAAUGAGGGAGAAAUUCUAAACACCUUAUACUUAUAUAUAUUUGCAUACUUACCCCAUAUUUCUUGAUGUGAUUUAACCCAGAAUACUUUCUGGCAGAGUUACAAAAAGCUCUACAAGAUCAGUAAUGGAGUGUCUUAUUUUUUUCCACUUUUCACUUUCUUCAGGUGACAGCAUCUGAAGCUCUGUUUGUUUACUAAAGAAAACCUGUUACCCAUAGAGGGUUUUGAAUCUAAGUUAGAGGGAAGGCUAUUUAAUUGAAAUUAGUGUAAGCUAAUGAAAACGUAGCCACUACAUAUACACAUCAAUUACUCGAUUUUCUGUUAGUCUUUCUUGCCCACCUUUUCGUUUUGAAACAGUAUUCCCAGUAUCUUACUUUUGUCGUUCAAUUUAUUUCAUUUCUGUAAGAAAACAUUUUAACUUUGUUAUUCAUGGUAGUUUCCAUCUACUUAGCUUUAAACAAGCUUAUUAUUUACAAGAGAACUGCUUGUAAUGUCUGUGCCAAUGUAUAUAGAAAGACAUUUUUUAGGAAUGGACGGACCCGAGUAGGUAAAACGCAGUCCACUUUGCAUCCAUAGCAGUCUGGCCUAACUGAAAUCUGAACUGUCUGCAAGCUUCAGAAAAGCACUACUAUGGCCAAGUACGGCAUAGGCUGGAAAGACCUUAUCUGAGGGUCGGAAACAUGGACCUAGGAAGUCUUUCUUUAAAAUCUUUUCACAUGCUUAUUCCUAUUUAUUUGGUUAUCCCUUCAGAAGCAUUUUUUAAGUCUUCUUUUUCAUUCAGUGAAAUUCCCUAGAACGCAAUACUGUCUUUGUUCUGCCAAGAUCCAAUCACGAGUUAUGAUUAUGAUUGAUGAUCUAAAUACUACACCCAUGGUGAUUCUGCUCUCAACUUUGAGUACCUCAGAAAAUGCUGACCUUGUCAAGUUUGUCUCAUUUUUAUUAGUUUCUUUCACUAAUGCAUGAGUUCAAAACUAUUUAUCUCCCUUGCAUGCAAAGCAGUCGUUAUCUCAUAUAAACAAAAACACCACAAUACAAAGAAAAACCACUGGUCUCGUCAAGCCAGAAAUCCGAAUCCCAGAUUCUGAAUGUGAAGGGAUAUGGCCCUCAAUUUUCCAAGAGCAAAUGUUCUCAAAAAAUAGAAACAUACGAGAGAUUUUUAUUUAGUUCUUAGUAUCUCUAACAUUUUCUUUCAACAAAGUAUGUACUUGACCAUUUACCCCAAAUUCAAAAUUAACUGCCUUAGCAAGUCUAGUUAUAACUUCAGCAAGUCUAACAACUGUUUUUGAAGAGCACAUUGAAAACUUAGUUAAAAUGAAGGUAACCAUUCAUACUUUCUCAAGGUUUGUUAUUUGAAACUCAUUCAUUAAUUUAGGGGCCAGAAACAGAAAUCUGACUAUUAUUACACCUAGAUUACUAAUAUAGGAAACCAACCACAUAUUCAAUAGGGAGUAAAGGACAGAAUAAACACAGAACAGAAAGGUGACCAGUUGCUAUUUGUCUAAAUCUAGAUCUUCCAUUCAGUAAGAAAUAUAUUAACCUUAACCAAGAGUAGGCUGAGAACAACUCUUUCAAAAUAAAUACUUAUUUAUUGAGUGGGUGAAAUACCUAUCUUCUACUUUUUUAAUACCAAAUAAGAAUACAUUUAAAAAGCCCCAGAACUAAAUUUGCCUAAUCUACCACUUUACAAGAGAGGCAGGAAUACUAGAGUAUAUUAAUAUCAGAUAGGUAUAACUUUAUAUUUUUGAAAUCUUUCAUUAAUUGUAAAGCAUAGCUCUGUUUUUGUUGGAAACAAACUGUAUUUUAACAAAAUAGGUUUCAGCAUUUGCACAAUGAUGAAUUUGUAUUUCAACCAUGGAUAUUUAUUUCACAUAAUUGUCUUUACAGACCAUCUGGAAAUGCAGAGGUCUUACAGCAUAAGAACAAAGGAAGUUUGAUUGUGCUCUGUUUUUGAGCCUCUUUUAAUAAAGAUUACAAGAUGACGUGAACAAAAGUUUAUUUCCUAAAGUAUUCGAUACAAAUCCAAUUAUUGUUUCCUUAUUUAAAAACUUGGGUUUUACCUUAGAAUCUUAGUAGCGAGAAGGUAGUUUGAAUUGAAAAUAGAUACCACAGAAUGAAAAUAAAACCAGAGCAAUUAAUAUCCUUGUGAAUCUGGAUUCUAAUUCUUACAUAAGAUAUGAGAAAUAACAAUGUGUAUUCUCUGUGUACUCUCAGUAACAAAAUACAAAUUGUCAAAUAUCAAAUUUGUGAGCCUAGAAGCAAUAACCAAUGAAAUAUAAGCCAUAAUAUUUAACUUGGAUUCCUGAAGGCAGGAAUAAAAAGAAUAAAGUCAGAACUGAUCCAGUGUAUUGGCAGGGCCCUGCAUUCCCUUACCUUGAGCAAUGAAGCCCCCGAAUCUUCGGAUGUAGAUGCAUUUAAAACGUACAAUGUGAAGUUGUUUAAAUAUUUAAGGAAAACUUAUGUGACAGGAUUGGUCACAUCCAUAAUCCCAACAUAAAAUAUCUUCUGUAUUUUAAGUGCCAUUUAAAUGGAGACUAAAGAGUUCAAUAUUUAAAACUGUCCUUGACGUUUAAAAUGAAGUCAUGGUUCUUCACUCAGUGUUGUAAAUAAACUGUUCAAUGUACAAAGAGGCAAUACAAAAAGGCGAUAAGGUUUUGGUGGUGUUAAUAAAUAUGAAUUUGAAGUGCAUUGUUUUUACAUUAAAGAAAGUUUUCUUUUUUCCCAUUACAAAGUAAUACUCUCUCAUUUAAAAGUCUGAAAAACACUAAAAAGUAGAAGAAUAAAACAUCCACAGCUGUACCAACCAGGAAUAACCACUGUUAACAUUAUAUAUUGUUAUUUUGUAGUGCUUGUCACAUACGACUUAAAUUUGAUCCUCGUGAUUUCAUUCUACUGUCUUCUCUGUCUGAAAUGGACAUACCAAGGUAUUGAGAUUGAAAUUACUUUUGUCUUUUCUUUAAAAAGGUUAAAAAAAAAACCCAGCAAAAAUGUGAAUCACUCUGUUCUACCCAUAUUAAAGAAAAUAUUUCUUUUGACUUUGUACAACUAUGGCAACAUUAAAAUCCAGAGUUUGAGGAUUUGUGUCACUAACUUCCUUGGUCAGGAACUGGCGUCUAACCAGCAUGCUUUCUCUUUGCCCUCUGAACCAAGCUGCCAGCAGUUGAAGCAAUGAAGUCGGAGAACAAACAAGGCAGUGGCCCAAUGUCACAUAAUCUGCAAUGAUACUGAAAACCUCUAUUUUAUUAAUUUCACUGUUACAGGACAAAUACCAGUAAGGCUCUGUGGUUAAUGUCUGAGUUCUAGAGUCGGUCUUGGUUCAAAGCCAGACUUUGACAUUUCCCAGAUGUAUGACCAUAAAUUAUUUAAUCUAAUUCCCAUUUCAUCAUAUAUAAGAUAGUAAAAAGAUAGUAAAACCUGGCUUUAUCGGGGUUAUUAUAAAGAUUAGGGUAUACAGUAACAUAUAAACUGUCUGGCACUUGGAAAACUUAUCAGUGUUACCUAUUUUUAUUGAUUUCAGCUCAACAGCCUUGACUAUUUUAUACUUUGUGAGCUGAAUUCUAUGGGAUCAUUUUCUAUGACUAAAAACUUAUGGCUUUCCUAAAGAAUGAAUAAAAUAACCUAACAAAGUAA